AUAAUCUACUUACAUGUACCAUGAAUACAUCUUCUCCUUUAGUUCGAAUUAAUUAUUUGACCGUGCUGUCGCUCACUAGCAAACUGUUACUCAGUAGUUAGAUUUGUCUUGGGUCAUUCCAGUGGACUUCGGCAGGUGAUGGACGAACUGAAAUAAUCUAGAGGAAGGAAAAAAAGACAAUCAAUAUCAUUACUCCAACUGGAGAGAGGGAGAGCAAUGCUAAGAGCUGCACAACAGAUCCAUACCUUGAGAUCACUUCGCAUAGCUCGGCAUUUCAACAGCAGCAGCAGCAGUAGCAUGUCACUCAUCCAUCCCCGUACUGGUGUUCUGUUGGCUGACUCUAGCGAUGAUCAUGCCCCGGCUACUGUACUGUCUGCACUGCGUCACUUCCCACCUAAGGGAAAGCUCCUUGUCAUUGAUGCCAACUCGCAUAGCACAACAACUGACAAUACAAGACUUGUUCAGCGACUCAAGAUGGUACGCGAUGUAUAUGCAUCAUGUCCGAAUGAUUCAGAAGUUGCAAUAGCCGUGGACAUGACAUCAGCAGAACAAGUGUUUGACCGUCAUAGCGUAGCAUUGUCGAAAUGUGAUGUUGCACUGAUAUCAAAGGCGGCCAUGGUGCGUCACAGUGACCUUGUUGCUAGGCUGUCCGCGUUGGGUGUUGAGCCCACUGUUGUAGAUGACAGAAAUGGAGAUGCUCGCAAUGGCGAUGUUAGCCUGUUGCCUUUGUUUGAUGGUUCCGGGGCCAAAGUGUAUGACAAUGUCGUAUUGGGGGGUACGUUUGAUCGCUUGCAUUACGGCCAUCGACUGUUCCUUGCGACUGCCUGCCUUCUGGCCCGCAAGAAAUUAACAAUUGGUUUGACCAGUCCGAAGAUGUUAGGCAAGAAGACUUUGGGUGAUAUCAUUCAGCCGUUUGAGUACCGUAAGUCUUUCCUUGAGCAAUUCUUGGGGCGUAUCCGAGGCAAUCUGGAGAUCAACAUAGAGAAAAUCGAGGAUGCAGCGGGUCCAGCUGGUGUUGAUGGAACAUUGCAGCUGCUUGUGGCAACGCCGGAAGUCGCCAGUGGCGUGGACUUCAUCAACAAGAUCAGAAAAGAAAAGGAUCUUUCACCUCUGAAACUUCAUGUUGCUGACUUGGCUAUGGUAACUGAACAUGACAAGCUUAGUUCAACAGAUUUGAGACGUCUUGAUCUUGGCCGACUACAGCCAACAUACCAGCUGCAACCUACGGUUCAGUCUGUGCGUCGCAACCCUUGGAUGAGGAGAUGGGAACGUGUGCAAAGCCUUGAUGAAUCAUCUCGGUGUGAAGCAGUGAAACGAGAACGGACUCGCUCUUACGUCAUCGGCCUGACUGGUGGUAUUGCGGCUGGAAAGUCAAACAUUGCUCAGCGUCUUGAAGAACUCGGCGCUCGCGUUGUCUAUGCAGACCAGAUGGCACAUCAAGCUUAUGCUCCCGGCACUGAGUUGUUUGAUGACAUUGUCAAGGAGUUUGGACCUGAGAUUGUUCAUGCUGAUGGCUCCAUCAACAGGGCUGCUCUGGGAAAGAUUGUGUUUGGAUGCUCAGAGCGCAUGAAUGUCUUGAAUCAACUGUGCUGGCCAGUUCUCCGCACUCAAGUCAAUGACAUUCUGCAGAAGUCCGCGACCAGCGCACAUCGCAUUGUGGUUGUGGAAGCAGCUGUCCUGAUUGAAGCGGGCAUGUCUUCUCUUGUGGAUGAAGUAUGGACAGUAAUGGUGCCGCAUAGUGAGGCUGUACGGCGCAUCAUGGAGCGCAACAAUCUGCCAGAGGAAGAUGCUGAGAAGCGUGUGUCAUCACAGCGCAACAAUGCUGAGCGCUUGGAUGACGCUGAUGUGAUUUUCUCUCCACUCUGGGAGAAAGAAGCAACCUUCAAGAAUCAGAUCAAGCCAGCGUGGGAAGAAGCCAAUCGCAGGGCACUGGCUUGUGAAAUGACAUUGUGUGGCAAGACGCUGGAUGAACUGGCGCUUUUCACGAUUUGCGCCAAGGUGUCGAAGGACUCGUCGCCGUCUGAGCUGCAGAGCGCAGUAGAGAAGCUGCCAGCAUCCGAUCAAGCAGUGAUCAUGAGUCGCUUGCACUCACUUCAUCAUAUCCUGCCCUACUUGCUUGAUCCGUGCCUUGUGCAGGCAUGCGCUGUGUCCGCGAUCCACGCCAAUGGCAGUUUUGCUAGCAAUGGUGUGUUCACAUGUUGCAAGGAGCUUGAGGACAAUGUCAAGUCGGUGCUGUCUACGAUCACUCUCAAUCAGCAUAUGAGAUCAACGGAUGGAGGCUUUGACUUCUGCUCCACACCCAGUGAAGACAGUGACCUAUACAACUUAUUGGUUGCCCUCAAGACCGCAUCUCCCACAUCUUCCCGGCUUUAGUUAGUUGAACCUCCUGACUAGUAUUAAUAUGCCCUGAUCUGUAAGCACAUCCACAAGCUUUGUUUUUACAAGUCUUGCUACGGACUGUGCAGUAAAUACUUCCAUACUUUACCUAAAAUGUGUAGUGCUUACUGCACAGUAUGUGUGUAGUGUUUCUAUGCGACUACACAGUACAUAUACAGUGCUUACUAGUUACUACUGCACAGCAUGUGCAGGUAGGUAACUAUCCCCAUGUCACCGCACUGUUUCAAGAGCUCUGGCAUUUACAGUCUUGUCCAGUGGCAGUAGAACCACUAGUACUAGUGGUGUGGUAGUGGCAAUGCGUGCGUGCAGUUAGCAGUCUCUAGCUCUGGGGUGCAGGAGCUAUUGACAAGUGUUGCUGGUGUUGUGUUACCUGCUCCUAGGUGGGCAGAUAGUUGCUAGCCUCUGGCUUGUUGUUGCUGACCAUUCUGAGUCCACUCUCUUUAGAGUUCUUUUCUUCUCUAAUCAGCAUGUCAAUGUAAGUACAUGACGGCCAAUCCACUGCUUCCUGUUUACAAUAUGUUUGUGUCUUGGUCAUGCCGCCACCACAUAGGUGACGCCUGUGCUUACACAUGACCACAAGCACUGUGCUAGCAGCCAUUUCACAUUCUCUCCUUUGUGCUGCUUGUUUGUUUGCUCUUGGCUUAUCAUGCACCUUUGCUCCUUGAAAGCUUUAUCAGUAAGUAGCCAGCACCCCCAUUUGCAGUUCACUUGAGAAAUUGACAACAAGUGACUGGGAAAGCCUCUGGCUCUCUGUACACAUGCUCUGUACAUGUACAUGUACGUGACCUCCAUCCAUUGUUAUCUCUCCUCACCGUGAGCUGACGUGAUCUCCCUUCAUUUCAUCAGCUACUUGCACGUUUCCUUUGCAUGAUUAGGAUGGCUAACACACAUGCACACACUAAAACAUUGUUCCACGUUCCCAUAUUCUCCACUUGGGAACAUUGGAAUUUACCUAUGUGCUAUUUCUAUUUUACAUUAUUAUUUUUUUACUAUUCUGCAUUCCCUUUCCGUCAUUUUUCACAUCAACAUCAAUAUUGACCCUUCAUAAAUACUAAAACAUCUUCAUAUUAUAAAAUGCUUCACCAUCAUCAUAUUGCGCAUUAUUUCAUCAUGUCAGUAUGGUUUCAAUGUUUCAAAAUGAAAGCUGAAUUUGCUCACCCCUUUCUGAAAAAUAUUUUUUUGUAAAACAAAUCACCGAUAUCCACAGACUGGACGUCUUACAAAUAGUCCUCGUAAUUAGGCGGUUUGUUUGAACACUGUUUUUAUUUAGAUGUUUGAUCAUUUCCAAAGUUUGAGAUUAGAGCUUGUGCCCUUUUCCAGUGAGCGUGAAGGUAA